AUGGCCAAUCACCCUUUUGAGCUCGCUAUAGUUCAGCCCAAACCUGUGCCUCAAGGUACAGCAGAUUACGAGAAGAAGCGAGCCUCAAUCCUUGAAGCCUUCGCGCAGAAGGUGCCUCCGGAACUACGCUUGUCGCCAGAAAUAUUUGCCAGUCCACCGAAAGAUGUUUCGAAAAUACCAGUCACCUGUGGUAUACUCACAUCCGCUGAGAUCGACAUCACAGAAAAGUACGAUGCAGUAGGCCUUGCUGAAGCCAUCGCUGCACGCAAGCUAUCAGCGGUCGAAGUAGCCACUGCAUUCUCGAAACGCGCUAUCGUUUCACAUCAAUUGACAUGCUGUCUGACCCAAUGGUUCAUGGACGAGGCUGUCAAAAGGGCGCAAGAGCUGGACGACUACAUGUUAAAGAACGGCAAGACGAUUGGCCCGCUCCACGGUGUUCCCAUUAGCAUCAAAGAGCACAUGCCCAUUGCCGGAACCUAUUCAUCACAAGGCUCGUUAGCGAGCGUUGUCUUCAAUGAGGAGGAUUGCCUGCUGGUGUCGAUGUUGAGAAAUAUGGGUGCGAUAUUCUACUGCAAAACCAAUCAGCCUCAAACGAUCAUGCACUUGGAGUCGACAUCUCACUAUGGCCGCACGCUGAACCCCUUCAACAUCAACCUUAGUGCAGGUGGCUCAUCUGGUGGCGAAGCUGCCCUAGUGGCCAUGAAGGGAUCAGUGCUCGGCGUAGGCACAGAUAUCGGCGGCAGUAUAAGAGGCCCUGCCGCAUUUUGCGGUGUCUAUGGAUACAAGUCGACUUCAUACAUGCUACCGAUGAAGGACUUCCUCGCUCAUUCAUUUUCGGCAGAGCUCAAUGUUCUGUGUAGCACUGGUCCAUUCUGUCGGAGUUUGCGCGACAUGGAUCUUUUCAUGACGACCAUUCUGGACCAAAAACCGUACCUGCUGGACCCUAAGGUCGUUCCGCUUCCUUGGACAGGCUUCAAUACCAAGACGAAGAAGCCUCUGAGGGUCGGUAUCAUCGAGAACGACGGGUUCAUCGACCCUCAGCCACCAGUUAAGCGCGCUAUAGCCUGGGCACGUGAGCGCCUCUCAGACUCAAGGUACUCUGAGCUUGUUCAGGUAAAGCCGUUCACACCUUACAAGGCACAGGAAGCUUGGAAGCUGAUCCGCCGUAUGUACUGGCCAGGCGGUGGCAAACUAGCGAAGGAAGAUGUCAUGUCCACAGGCGAGCCAGUGUUACCACUGAGCGACUGGAACUGGAAAGAUGUUGAGUCUCUCGGUAUGCUUCAUGCUGAAGAGGUUAAUGAGCUUCGUGCUACUCGCGACAAAUACCGGUAUGAAUUUGCCGACAGCUGGAAUGAACAGGAAGUCGACAUCGUCAUUGGGCCUGCGUUUGUCGGCCCGGCCUCUGCGCAUGACACUGCCUUCUAUUGGACAUAUACGAGUCUGUAUAACUUUGUUGACUACCCCGGGGUGGUUGUGCCGACACCCAUCAAAGCAGAGGGCAAGGAAGCAUAUGCCGCAGGGUACAAGCCAUUGAGCGAUGAGUGCAGACACACCAAAGAGCUGUGGGAGAGCUCAGACUUCGAAGGAGCGCCGAUCAACUUGCAAGUGAAUGCAAGAAGGUAUCACGAUAAUGACUUGUUCGGGACGUUGAAAGUCUUGAAGGAUGUUUUGGAUCUGCCGUAG